GUUCCAGCGUCUUCGUAUCAAGCACGUAUAUCUUGAGAUUGAUAUCAACCGUUGCCCAUGCCUAUGGUGUCAUCUAAAACCGAAGUUCUUAUUCUUUUCUUCUUAGUAAAACUUAUUUCAAACACUGGUGUCUUCCGAUUUGAUUCUCAAGCUAAUCAUGGAAACACCAUGUAUCAUCUUUAUUUGGAAAAACAGUCUUUGUGCCUGAGAGCUUGUUAUGAUGAAAAGGAGUGCAAAGUCGCGGAAUACAAUGAGACUAAUGGUUUCUGUAGGCUAUACAGACAAGGGAAUACUGGCAAAGUAAAAGGAUAUGAACUCACACGUGAGGAUACUGAUUCGUCAUGUAUGACAGAAACAUUCACAAGCGACAUAGCCUUCCAAAAGAUAAAACCACUUCAAGAAAUUCCUAAAACUUCUCAAUGCCAGACUCUUGCAAAGUCAGAUAAGACUGUCAUCAAAACUUUCAAAACAAAUGAAGGAUACCGCGUCUUUUUCACUAACAGUCCUCCCGAGUGGAAUGCCACGAAACCCUGGCUUGUUCUCUCCAAAAAAGCAGAAAAAGGAUGUGCAUCCGUGCCUGUGUUCCACAAAGCAAACCAUCGUCGCUUGUAUUUUGGAGAAAUCUACAACACCACUGGCUACUACUUCUUUGAUGGGUACGCCUUUGCAGAGCAGUGCAUCUCUUCAAAGGGUGAAUGCUUGGGUAUGUCGGAGAUACGAGAAUAUAAGGAGAAUCCGGGCAACUUCUUCUACGAUGAAGCUGGAAGGAACGAUAUGGAAGACUCUGGUUUGGGUCAGAAUUUCUACAUCGCAGGAAUUGCAUCUUAUAGAUAGAUUUUGUUGAGAGCUAUAAUUUGGUAUUGGGUUAUAAAUAGUUAGG